CAGUCAGUCUGCUACUUUUGGCCGUCGUGAUAACUAGGCGCGGAUUAAUUUCUGCCUCGCGUCGAUUUGCGCUAAAUUCGAAAACAUCAUUUCAAUAUUAUUUUACGACAAUUUGGAAACAUAUCCGACACCAACAUAAAAACAGAAUAAAACAAAGCAAAGCGAAUGUGAAACAGCAACAAAAAGAAAGAAAAGUGCAGUGCUUAAAAACAUCGGCAAAAAUGUCGCGAGUCGAAAUGAAAUUAAAAACUUAAUUUAUCAUUCUUAUAUUUUCAAUCUACAAUUCGCGUGUUUUCGUUAAAUAUUUAUAAAAGAAAAAAAAACUAAAAAAAAGUGUUUUGGUGUCAAUGCUGCUUUUUGUGUCUGUUGCUGAUACUGAAAAUAACUUCACAAUAACAAAAACAUCUUGAGUGUGUUCAACGAACAAACGGCACACGAUAAAAGAAAAGGCAGCUGUCUGUACCGAUUUUAACUACUUCACGGAAUUCCUGGACUGUCUUUGGAGGCGCCAGUCAACGCGUAGCGCGAAUAAUUGAAUCAUAAAAGAUAGACGGAGACGGACGAACAAAUCGGAGCCAAGUUUGGUAGCAGGAAAUGUUAACAAAGCCAAGCAAAUAAUUGUUGUAGAGCGCACGGAGCAAGGACGACAGCACGGCAAGGAAGGGGGAAGGCAGGAUUGGAGGAAAGGAGGUAGGAGCUGAGAAAUGACAGUCGCGCUGCUUUAAUUAAAGCUGCCGCGCGGAGGAGGCGCGUGGAGCUAGCGACUGGCCAAAAAAGGAAGAAGGAAAAAAAUAGGAAAAAGUAAAAGAAGAAAUUAUAGAAAGGAAAAGGAAAUUGAAACGAAAUGUGGCUGAUGCCGCUGUGGACUGUGAACAACAGAACAAAGUGGACGAAAUUGCUUUUGGAACUGAACGAGCGUUUACCGGACAGCAGACAUAUAUUUUGAUUACAUUUACCUUCUCUACAACAACAGACACGCAACUGAAAUAUUAGCCAAAAAGCAAACUGAAGCAACUGAAGCAACUGAAACAGCAAACAAAGUGGGAAGAAUUCAUCAAAGACCCAAAAACAAGUACGCGACCAGAGGAAAGUUUUGCCGGCAAGAACUGCAAGAUCAAGCUUGAGCUAUUUUGAAUUUGAUGCAUGAAGUAGCCGAGAGGAGAGGAAAGGAGGCACUUAGUUUGCAUGCUUGAGGCAUUGGAAGGAGCCAACGCCCAUCAACAGCUACACAUGAACACGCUGCUUUGACAGGACGAGCACACGAGGAGGAGGACGAAGACGACGACGACACCGGCACCGGCACAGUUUCGUCAACUGCAGGAGCAAGCAAGCAAAGUGUUGUCAGCUUCAGGCCAUAUCAACGCAACGUGGCAGGCGUUCAUUUCCCCCCGCCCGCACAGCAUUGCACUGCAUUCCCCAACACACACACACACACUCACACACACAUCCCAGCAGCUGCUGUUGUCACUUUCGGAACGAGUUGAACCCACAACACACACACACAAUCAUCUGGAUCCCAUACCAAACCAAGUCAAAGCAGCAGCAAUAGCAGCAUCAUCCACAUCCAAUCCCAAUGAAUCUGCUGUGCUGCUGUUGUUGCAGUAAUAUGGCACCAAACCAACGCGUCACACGCAAAUGGGAACUGUUCGCCGGACGCAAUAAAUUCUACUGCGAUGGAUUGCUAAUGUCCGCACCACACACGGGUGUCUUCUACUUGACGUGCAUCCUGAUUACUGGCACCAGUGCCCUCUUCUUUGCCUUCGACUGUCCGUUUUUGGCGACUCGCAUUAAUCCGGUGAUUCCCAUCGUGGGAGCGGUUCUUUACUUCUUCACAAUGAGUUCCCUGCUGCGCACAACCUUCACGGAUCCAGGCGUCAUACCGCGUGCCUCCAAUGAUGAGGCUGCCUAUAUUGAAAAGCAAAUUGAAGUGCCAAACUCGCUGAACAGCCCCACAUACCGACCGCCACCCAGGACCAAGGAGGUGCUCGUCAAGGGGCAGACGGUCAAGCUGAAAUAUUGUUUCACCUGUAAAAUCUUUCGACCGCCGCGCGCCUCGCAUUGCAGCCUGUGUGACAAUUGCGUGGAUCGCUUUGAUCACCACUGUCCCUGGGUGGGAAAUUGCGUUGGCAAGCGAAAUUAUCGGUUCUUUUAUUUGUUUCUAGUCUCACUGGCAUUUUUAGCCGUAUUUAUAUUCUCGUGCUCUGUGACGCAUUUAGUUUUAUUGAUGAAAACCGAACAGGAGGUCUUCGAAGUAAUAAAGAAGGCGCCGUUUACUGUGAUUGUUGUGUUCAUUUGUUUCUUUUCAAUCUGGUCGGUUAUCGGACUGGCGGGAUUCCAUACAUACCUGACGACCAGCGAUCAGACAACGAACGAGGAUCUCAAAGGAUCGUUCUCAUCGAAGGGCGGACCUCGCACCCAGAAUCCUUAUUCCCGGGGCAACAUUUGCCUGAACUGUUGCCACAUAUUGUGCGGUCCCAUGACACCCUCGCUGAUCGACAGACGCGGCAUUGCCACGGAUGAGUACAUACAGCAGAUGCAUCAUUCCAAUUCACGGCAUGCACUGAGCGAUGUCAUCAGUGCAUCGCAAAUGGUGACCACCGCACAGCCCAUGUUGGGUGGUGCCAUGGGUGUCAUCGGUGGCAUCAGUGGUGCGGGUGGUGGCGUUAGUAUUGGCGGUGCGGGUGCUGAGUUGAAGCCACGUUUUUAUGAUGAGUCCAAUCCCUCCUCCUCGACAUUGGAGAGCAACGGGUUGGCCACGGCAACAUCAGGAGCCGCCAACGGUCAUGGUCAUGGUCAUGGUAAUGGUCAUGGACAUGGACAUGGACAUGGACAUGGUCACGGGAACACGAGUGGGAACGGCUUUGACCGACCACCCAGCUAUGAUAUGCUCCAGAAUGGUAAUUCCAAUAGUUUAGCCCAGCUGGUUGACAAUGAAAUUCCAUUGGCCCAAAUGGACAUUGGGCCGACAUACAGUCAACAGACGGCGACACAGUCACGUCAGUUCCGACACCACAAGCAGCGAAAGUUGUCGGCAACUGGAGAUUUGGCAUACGAGAAUCAAUUGGCCGCCGCGGGCAGUGAGGAUGAGUUGGACAAUCCAGAUGUUGUUGUGGUUGGCAACACCGAGGUGGUUGCUGCUGUGGCAGCCAUCGCAGCGUCGAGCAAGGCGCGUGAGAUGCGCAACCGCAAUCGCAGUGGCAGCUACAGCAAUCUCUUUGACGUGGACUUUGAUGCAACGGUGGUCAAUUCACCGCUCUCCUCCGAUAACCACAAGUCCUCCUCAGCCGGAGCUGCUCUGCUGGCAGCUGCCAUCAGCGGUGACCAGCAUGCGCUGGUCAAGUCCGUCUCGCAGACCGAGAAUAUGUACAGCAAUGUGCCGGCACAGGUGUCAUCCACAGAUGCCACCCUUCAUGUCUACUCCAAUAUCAUUGAUGAACGAGCCCAGCAACAGCAGCAGCAGCAGCAAAAGCAGCAGCGGCAACAAUGUGAACAGCUGCAGGCUACCACAGUGUUAUCCUCGACACUGCUCAGUGAUGAUCUCGAUCUGGAUGAUCCGGUGAGUGCCUCAUUUGUGGGCCAUCAUCGAAAGACGGCCGGCGAUGGUGCCGAGCAGGCCAAGUCAGCGGAUAGAUUGCGUAUGCUCCACGAUACGACAAUGAUUGAUACGGCCCUCGAUCUCGACAGCCUCGAUGGCUCCAGCAUGGGCAACAACUCACAGUCCUGCCUGGUCAAAACGGGAGCCAAAGCCACGUCCAAUUCAGCCGGUGUGCCCAUUGUCUAAGCUAUCAAUCAAUUGCCCAAUACUUACCCCUCACUGUAAAUAGCCAAUAUUUACCAUUGAGCUUCAGCUUUUAAUUAGAGAGUUAACAAGGCUAAAAAUUCUUGGCCUAUUGCUGUUAAUUUUAAAUGAUUUUUAAAACCGAUUCAAACGAUGUGCGGACACUUGCAAAAUCAACCUAUCAACCUAUAAAUGCAACUAAAAAAUAUUACCUUAAGGCGUUACGCAUUCACAUAUAAAAAGCGAUAAAUAUAUUAAAUUAUAUAUGUAUAAACCAGAUUUAAAAAAAAAGAAAUGGGAUAAACAAAUAAAUUAAAUACGAGUACAUAUACAUAUACAUAUGCAUAUACAAAUAAAAACGUGGUGAACAAUGUUAACAAUUCAAAAGCAUUAAAAAUGAAUGAAUGAAUAAUACUAUAUGUAAUAAUUAACUGAAACUGUUUAUACAAUACACAACGCAAAUACACGUAAUUAUAUACAUAAGUACAUAAAUAUACUUACACACACACACACAGAUAUAUACAUACAGACACACAUACUUGUAUAUGGUUAGUUAUAGCAUUUAAUUUUUGUACAUUUAAGUUUUUACAAGGGCAACGACGAUGAGCGACGAGCGUGUUCCGUUCUUUAGAGUAUAACAUUAAACAAAUUUAUCGGAAAAGCGCAUGCAAUAAAUAUAUAUAUACAUAUAUAUAUAUAUAGGUAUACAGAUAUAUGUACCAGUAUGUUAAUCAUGUUACAAAGAGAAAAGAAAUUAAUUAAACAAAGAAAUGCACCACAAGAGAAAUGUUAACAGCAUAAGGAAACAGACAAACAGUGUGACGUAUUAAUUGUUUAUCUACAAUACAUAUAAGUAUAGUAUGUGCGUGGUGUAUCGUACAAUGUUGAAUGAAUUGAAUUAAAUCGUGGUAAAGAAUUUGACAGCUCCAAAAAGAAUUGGGCCAAACGUGUUAAUAAGAAUAUGUUAUGCGAAACUAACGAACUACAAUUAUACAAAGAAUACAAUUUAUAAAUAGAGAACUUGAAA